GUCUGGGCUGAGGGGAGGCCCGGAGCCUUUCUGGGGCCUGGGGGAUCCUCUUGCACUGGUGGGUGGAGAGAAGUGCCUGCAGCCAACCAGGGUCAGGCUGUGCUCACAAUUUCCUCCAGCGGCAUGUAAAGCCUCCACAAAGGAGUUGGGAGUUCAAAUGAGGCUGCUGCAGUCGGCCUGAGGAUGGACCCCAAGCCCUGAGCGGCACUGCCCAAGGCCAGACCUGCAGAGCAUGGCACCAAGGUGGCCGCCUGCCCCGCAGUGAGGGAAAGCAGAUUGUGAGCAGCCCUGGGGCACCCCGCUGGCCCCCGCCCCAUCCUCGUUGGAGCCGGCUGCAAGUCAGAGCCAACAGAGGCCAGUGAGCAGGGCUGCCGGGCCGCCAGCUCGGCCUGUGACUUGGGACCUCUCCUGGAGGCCAUGGACAAGCUGCCCCGCUGACGCCACAGUGCAGCAUGUGAGGAGCGGCCCCAGGAGCCACACAGGAGGGAAGAGGGUUUCAUAGAAUCCAUUCACAAAGAAUAACCACCACAUUGCAAGGACCAUGAGGCCACUGUGUAUCACGUGCUGGUGGCUGGGACUGCUGGCCACCCUGGGAGUUGCUGCAGGCCCCGAGGAUGGUUUUGAGGGCACAGAGGAGGGCUCACAGAGAGAGUUCAUUUACCUCAACAGGUACAAGCGGGCGGGCGAAUCCCAGGACAAGUGCACCUACACCUUCAUCGUUCCCCAGCAGCGGGUCACAGGCGCCAUCUGCGUCAACUCCAAGGAGCCAGAGGUGCUCCUGGAGAACCGCGUGCACAAGCAGGAGCUGGAGCUGCUCAACAGCGAGUUGCUCAAGCAGAAGCGGCAGAUUGAGACCCUGCAGCAGCUGGUGGAGGUAGACGGCGGCAUCGUGAGCGAGGUGAAGCUGCUGCGCAAGGAAAGCCGCAACAUGAACUCACGUGUCACGCAGCUCUACAUGCAGCUCCUGCAUGAGAUCAUCCGCAAGCGGGACAACGCACUGGAGCUCUCCCAGCUGGAGAACAGGAUCCUGAACCAGACGGCUGACAUGCUGCAGCUGGCCAGCAAGUAUAAGGACCUGGAGCACAAGUACCAGCACCUGGCCACACUGGCCCACAACCAGUCAGAGGUCAUUGCUCAGCUUGAGGAGCACUGCCAGAGGGUGCCCGUAGCCAGGCCUGUACCCCAGCCGCCUCCUGCCACCCCACCCCGGGUCUACCAGCCACCCACCUACAACCGUAUCAUCAACCAGAUCUCUACCAACGAGAUCCAAAGUGACCAGAACCUGAAGGUGCUGCCACCACCUCUGCCCACCAUGCCUGCCCUCACCAGUCUUCCAUCCUCCACUGACAAGCCAUCAGGCCCAUGGAGAGACUGCCUGCAGGCCCUGGAGGAUGGCCAUGACACCAGCUCCAUCUACCUGGUAAAGCCUGAGAACACCAACCGCCUCAUGCAGGUGUGGUGUGACCAGAGACAUGACCCCGGGGGCUGGACUGUCAUCCAGAGGCGCCUGGAUGGCUCCGUCAACUUCUUCAGGAACUGGGAGACAUACAAGCAAGGGUUUGGGAACAUUGAUGGAGAGUACUGGCUGGGCCUGGAGAACAUUUACUGGCUGACAAACCAAGGCAACUACAAACUGCUGGUGACCAUGGAGGACUGGUCCGGCCGCAAGGUCUUUGCAGAAUAUGCCAGCUUCCGCCUGGAGCCAGAGAGCGAGUAUUAUAAGCUGCGGCUGGGGCGCUACCAUGGCAAUGCGGGUGACUCCUUCACCUGGCACAAUGGCAAGCAGUUCACCACCCUGGACAGAGAUCAUGAUGUCUACACAGGAAACUGUGCCCACUACCAAAAGGGAGGCUGGUGGUAUAAUGCCUGUGCCCACUCCAACCUCAACGGGGUCUGGUACCGCGGGGGCCAUUACCGGAGCCGCUACCAGGAUGGAGUCUACUGGGCUGAGUUCCGAGGAGGCUCCUACUCACUCAAGAAGGUGGUGAUGAUGAUCCGGCCCAACCCCAACACCUUCCACUAAGCCGCUCCCCUCUGGAUCUCCCGUGGCCAUCAGCAGGAGCCUGCCCAGCAUGCAGCCCCAGCACAAUGAGCAACUACUCACCAGCUCAUCCUGGGCUGUAAGGACUGAGAGCUGGAUUCUGUUUUUUGAAGUCACUGUGUCAGAUAAUGAAACUGGACUGGUACUGUGUUCUCUGUCCCUCCUCUACUUUCCUUCAAAUCAGACAGCCCCUCAUGUUUCUAGGACAGGACUGCAGACAACUCUUUCUUUAAAUAAAUUAUCCCUACAAUAAAACACCAUUGCAAAAUACCUUCA